GUUAAAAAAGUUUUCCUCAUGAAUUGUUGCUUCUCAUAUAGUUUUUUCUUUUCCCACUUUCAAGUUAGAAUACACAGAAUUAUGAGCUGUGAACUCUUAUUAUUCAUUUAAUGUUCAUAUGAUCAUCUGGGUCUUUCUUGAUUAUGGAGUCUACUACCUUCUGUCGAUAAUGGGAACGAAUCUCAGCACUCCCAAAACUGAGAAGUCUUCUGAUGAUGGUGAAAAUGAGCAUCUUAGAUAUGGUUUAUCAUCUAUGCAAGGCUGGCGUGCAACAAUGGAAGAUGCACAUGCUGCACAUCUUGAUCUGGAUGCAUCCACUUCCUUUUUUGGUGUUUAUGAUGGUCAUGGAGGUAAAGUGGUUGCAAAGUUUUGUGCCAAGUAUCUUCACCAGCAGGUGCUCAAGAAUGAAGCAUACAUAGCUGGAGAUAUAGGAACCUCUCUUAAGGAAUCAUUUUUCAGAAUGGACGACAUGAUGCGUGGUCAAAGGGGAUGGAGGGAAUUAGCAGUUUUGGGUGAUAAGAUAGACAAGUUUAAUGGUAAGAUAGAAGGGUUGAUUUGGUCUCCACGAAGCAGACAUAGUAAGGAGCAAGAUGAUACUUGGGCCUUUGAGGAGGGCCCUCAUUCUAAUUUUGCUGGACCAACUUCAGGAAGCACUGCAUGUGUUGCAAUUAUUAGAAACAACAAACUUUUUGUAGCAAAUGCCGGUGAUUCACGUUGUGUAGUAUGUAGGAAGGGUCAGGCGUAUGAUUUGUCGAUAGAUCAUAAACCUGAUCUUGAGAUUGAGAAGGAAAGAAUCGUAAAAGCUGGUGGUUUUAUUCAUGCGGGACGAGUUAAUGGGAGUUUAAGCCUUGCAAGAGCUAUAGGUGACAUGGAAUUUAAGCAGAAUAGAUUCCUUUCUGCUGAAAAGCAAAUGGUGACAGCCAAUCCAGACAUAAAUACUGUUGAACUUUGUGAUGAAGAUGAAUUUAUAGUGCUGGCUUGUGAUGGCAUAUGGGAUUGCUUGUCAAGCCAACAAUUGGUAGAUUUUGUACGUCAACAACUGCUCUUGGAAACUAAACUUUCUGCCGUUUGCGAAAGAGUACUAGAUCAAUGUUUGGCACCAACAAUUACUGUUGGUGAUGGAUGUGAUAACAUGACCAUGAUUUUGGUGCAGUUCAAAAAACUGGCCCAAUCAAGUGCACCGGCAUAACAUAAGAGCUAUCAUCUUCAAAUGAAAUAAGCUACAUCUGAACUAAGACUAGAGAGCAGUGAAAGUUAGUAAAUUUUGAGCAGCAACACUACACACAUGUAGACACAUGAGUCUAGAUGAUCAUUUUCACUUCAACUAGCAUUUGUUUCCAAAUUUCUGUGUUUAUUUUCACACCUAGAAUCUGUUUUGCUUGUUCAAUAAGAGGCUCCAAAUGUUAGUUUUUAUAGCUAUUAGCAACAAUCUGCAGGCAUUUUGUGAUGUUUAGCUACUUGCUAUCAACUGCAAGGAUAUUGGCCCCAACUUAUUAGAACAUUGUGUAUAUAUAUAGUAUAUCUCAUCAAAUAACCUUGUUAUGUGAUGUUGGUCUCACAGGUGAGGCUGAAACUGAUUUUUCAUGGAUUUGUUUUACCAUCA